AGUGCUCCGUUGCUGGUCGUAGCGAGCAGAUCGGGAAGAGCUCUGUUUAGAACACGUGCGCGCGCGGCGUCGUCUUGGCUCUCGUUGCGUACGACCAAAACAAACCUUUGAGUUUUUUGAACGCUAAGUCCCACCGCCUUACGUCCUCCUAAGUGCCUUUCCACGAAGGUACACCAUCCACUCCACCCCUCGGUAAAGCAUUAUAUCCUUGGGGCCGGUGCGCGAUAAAGAAUAUCUGAUAGCAAGAGACUGAGCAACAGCUGAUCCACCCACGUGCUCCUGCAGCACUAUUAAUUUCGGCGGUGCCCGUGUGGUGAUGCGAGGAGGCUCUGGGUAACCGAGCGAGUCGGCGCGCCAUGACCAACCUGAACCGCAUCCGGGUCGUGGUGCUGGGCAGCGCGAGAGUCGGCAAGUCCGCCGUCACGGUGCGCUACCUCACCAAGCGAUACAUCGGGGAGUACAGUUCCAACAGCGAUUUUCUGUACCGGCAUAAUGUGACUUUCGACAAUGUGACGACGGAAGUAGAAAUACUGGACACAUCCAAAUGUGCAACAUCGCAUUCUCACCGAAUGAUACAGGACAAGAAACAGGCGACGGGCUGCCUGUACGACCACAUCCGGUGGGGCGAGGCGUUCGUGGUGGUGUACAGCGUGUGCGACCGCGCCAGCUUCAACGACGCGCACGAACUGCUGGACAAGCUGGCCAAGCUGAAGCUGCCCUCCUACUUCACGACGCUGCUGCUCGGCAACAAGCGAGACCUCGACCACUCCCGUGAGAUCUGCGUGGACGCGGGCCAGGAGCUGUCGCUGCAGUACGGCUGCCAGUUCUACGAGGUGAGCGCCGCCGAGAACUUCGCGGGCGUCUCGCUGGCCUUCCAGUCGCUGCUGCGAGAGGCGCGCUCCGUGCAGCUGCUGCGCGCGCUGCCCAUCCGCCGCAAGCUGGGCGUCAACUCGGUCAGCAAGGUGCUCGGCAACAUCUUCGGCAAGAACAGCAACAAGGCCUCCGGCGACCGCAAGAAGAGGCCGUCGCUCUCCAUAUAGCUGGCCCGCCUGUGCCCCGGCAGCGGGGCCUGACGUCGCCGUCGCGUCCGUUCCUACACACUGUGCGCCGAGAGGCCGCCGGGGUGUCCCACCGCAGCACAGGCUGCGGCUGGGUGCCGCAUUCCUCGAGUACCUAGGCAGCUGUGCGUGGACAGAAUCUCUCACGUGAGAACGAGGCUUCCCACAUGAACUGCAUCUCACAAGAAGUGCUUUGCAUCAGAUGCGAAGACGUGUGAUGCUUGUUAGAAGCUCCCCAUUCGAGACUGCCCUGUUUUAGAGGGUAUAUUUAUACACAGUAUUGAGCAGAUUCGUUGACCUCCGAUUUGGGUACGUGGCCUUACCGACAGUAGGUUGCGCACUGGAAUACCCACCUCCAAACGCAGGGAUCAAAGUCGCUCCUAAAAGGACCCAACACACUUGCAUUAAUUUGCAGCAGAAAUGAUCCGACAUUUGACAUGCUGAAGUCACUACCACGCAAGUUCCUUAAGGUCGUGAGCGAAGGCAUCGGUGCAAAUACAAGAGGCAGCUGACAAGUGUUUGCUUCCAUCCCAGGGGACACUGAAGAUUCUAUUCAGCCUAACUGGGCCACAUUGGAAGAAGAGUAUUUUUAGGCCGCACAUAAUAAACUUAAAACUAAUACGUUGGAAAGAGAGAGAGAGAGAGAGAGAGAGAGAGAGGGGGGGGGGGGAGGAGACAGUCGAAGAUGUGGCAGCAAUUUUAAAUCGAAAAUAUUCAUUUUACCGUAACAAUCGGAAUUUUAUGGAUACACGUUCGCUUUUUGGACGGCAAAGAUGCUUGCUUAGGAUCGUAUACGGCCCGCGGGCCGCGAGUUGGACAUCCUUGGUUCAAAGUUUGCUGCCGGCCUCUGUGGCCGAGCGGUUCCAG